ACAAAGUCAUCUCAUUCCUCACUCAAUCACAACUCAAAUUCAGCAUCUCUCCUUGAGCUUGUUCCAACAAUGUCAGGACGUGGAAAGGGAGGCAAGGGACUCGGAAAGGGAGGAGCAAAGAGACACAGGAAGGUUCUUCGUGAUAACAUCCAGGGAAUCACCAAGCCCGCCAUCCGAAGAUUGGCUCGUCGAGGAGGUGUCAAGCGUAUCAGUGGCUUGAUCUAUGAAGAGACUCGUGGUGUUCUCAAGAUCUUUCUUGAGAAUGUCAUCAGAGAUGCCGUAACCUACACUGAACACGCUCGCCGCAAGACUGUUACUGCAAUGGAUGUCGUCUAUGCUUUGAAACGACAGGGCCGUACCCUAUAUGGGUUUGGUGGUUAGGUCUAGGGUUUUGGUUGUGUGUUAGUGUGUAUUCACUGUAGAUCGUAUCUAAUUUCCCCUUUCGUUGUAUCCUGUUUCAAUAUCGUUGUCAAACCCCAUCUCGGGGUUUGAAUUUAUGUUAUGAAAAUCCUCCUAUUUUAUACAAUCGUCUGAGUUUCAUCGUCUAAA